UGUUCUACUCUGGAACAGGAUAGGCUACUUUAUUUCACCUGUACCUGGAUUUAAGGACAUCUAAUUCUUCAUUCUCUCUCAUUCUUCCAAGUAGGGUUCAGCUAUGUGGUGGUUCUUUCUGAUUGCCCUGGUGGGGUUUUGCGUCCUUUGCCGAUGGUACCUGGAAAGACAAAGGGUGGAGAACCUGACGGAGAAAUACGUCUUCAUUACUGGCUGUGAUUCUGGCUUUGGGGAACAACUGGCCAGGCAGCUGGAUGCUCGGGGUCUGCGGGUAUUGGCCACUUGUCUCACUCCCGAAGGGGCAGAACAACUGGAAAAGGUCACAUCGGACCGGUUAAAGACCACUCUGCUGGAUGUCACCAACACAGAGAAUGUUGCAGCAACAACUGAAUGGGUAAAAAGCUUCGUGGGGAACAAAGGACUUUGGGGGUUAGUAAACAACGCAGGCAUUAAUUAUCCGGUUGCUCCCAAUGAGUGGCUGAAGAAGGAGGACUUUGCCAAGGUGCUGGAUGUCAACUUGCUUGGGCUGAUUGACGUGACGCUCCACAUGCUGCCCCUGGUGAGGAAAGCCAGAGGGAGAGUGGUCAACGUGUCUAGUGUGAUGGGAAGAAUGGCACACCCCGGAGGCGGGUAUUGCCUCUCCAAGUUUGCUGUGGAAGCCUUCUCAGACACUCUGAGGCGAGAGCUUUCUCCUUUCGGAGUCAGAACCAGCAUCAUUGAACCUGGAGGCUUUGCUACAAAUAUGCUCAAAAACCCGGAUCAGCACUUACAGAGUGUGUUCAACAAGAUACCCCCACACGUCAAAGAAACUUAUGGACAACCCUAUCUGGAUGCCUAUUACAAAUAUAUACACAGACUGAUGAAGUUGAUCAGCAAGGACUUGAGCUUGGUCACCAAUUGCAUAGAACAUGCUUUGACGUCUCAAUAUCCUCGUAUCCGUUAUUCGGCUGGCUGGGAUGCAAAAUUCUUCUUCCUGCCUGCCUCUUAUUUGCCAAGUUCAAUAACAGAUUUCUUACUGGGGAUUCUUCUUCCAAAGCCAGCACAAGCGGUGUAGAGUCCAUUGCAGAAAAUGUAUUACAGUUGUCCAAAUGAGCAAACAAAUUAAUUUCAGUUUUAGUGAAAACUGCUAAGACCAUUUCACCGAUGCAAGAAUAAUGCAUAUUUUCAGCACUGUUGUUUAAGAACUAACAAGUCUUCAAUCUUUGAAGUAAAGAAACAGAAAGAUUUGCAAAAAGUUGUUUGUUUGCUUGCUUGCUUGCUUGCUUAUUCCUCUUAAAACAAGAGGAUAGGAAGUCAUGUUCUGAAUCUAGUAUGCUUUCAUUCAGAUUUCUGGACAAUAAAGUUAUUCUAAGUUCUCUACAUCAUCAACAAGGCCAGGAGCUGCCUGAGAAAGCAAGUCCAUUUUCCCAGAAGCUAAGUGAUGUGUAGUGAGAUAGUUUUUGAAUUUAGCAAGCAAGAAAGCAUGCCAUACACAGCUCAGGACAGGCAGAAGCUACAUGACAGCAUUUCAAUCGCUAAAUUAAUCUGCCAAACCGUUUGGGCUGCAGUCAGUUUUACAGUUCUGAACUACCUUGGCAAACUUUUCUUUCCCUUGAAGGCCACGCCGUUAUUGACUUAUAAUAUUUGAAAUAUGAUUUUUGUAAUACUGCUGCACUAACAUGGCUUUUUGCGUAGCUUAAAAUUUUCUUUUUUAAAUGUAUUGCCAAUAACUUGCUCUAAACCUUAACCUUCAAGAAAAACCUCCCUUUUAGAAACCAUUAUUGGCAGGAAAGCAUGCCA